UGAUGGAGGGAGCUCACACAUCUUCAGCAAAAGCAGGAUAAGGAGUGUCAAAAGCGCACGAUUUUUCUAUAACUGCCCAUUCGCUUGCGUCAGUAUUCGAUGAGCGACUGAAUAGAAAGGAAAGCACCUCCUAUCUUUGGCAUCAAGGGGUUUAAAUCAGAAAAACAGAGAGAGCGAGCGAGCUGCAGUGAAAAGGGGAGGACCUGGCUACAUCAACACAUCACGUAUAUUGUAAAAUGUUAUUGCUAUAGAAGAACUCUAGCGUCAAUGUAUUUACUUGCAUGCGUUACAUGCGGGCAUAUUUAAAUCCGCAGCAUCACAACGGAUCUGGGAAAGUAAACUUGAGGUCUUAGGAAACAGAAACAGGGAUCCCAACCCCCCCCCAACAUGCCGGAGCAGAGCAAUGACUACCGUGUUGUGGUGUUUGGGGCUGGCGGUGUGGGCAAGAGCUCCUUGGUCCUUCGCUUUGUCAAGGGAACCUUCCGGGACACCUACAUCCCCACUGUGGAGGACACCUACCGCCAGGUGAUCAGCUGUGACAAGAGCGUGUGCACCCUCCAGAUCACCGACACCACGGGCAGCCACCAGUURCCCGCCAUGCAGCGSCUGUCCAUCUCCAAGGGCCACGCCUUCAUCRUGGUCUACUCRGUCACCAGCCGCCAGUCRCUGGAGGAGCUCAAGCCCAUCUACCAGCAGGUGCUMGCCAUCAAGGGCAGCGUGGACGCCAURCCRGUCAUGCUGGUYGGRAACAAGAGRGACGAYACCCAGCGUGAGGUGGAGACCAKGGAMGGUGAGGCGCAGGCGYCAYCAUGGAAGUGUGCCUUCAUGGAAACCUCMGCCAAGAUGAACUYCAACGUCAAYGAGCUCUUCCAGGAGCUGCUCACCCUGGAGAAGAAGAGGAACAUGAGUCUGAGCAUCGAUGGCAAGCGCUCCGGCAAGCAGAAGCYUGCCGACAAGCUUAAGGGCAAGUGCAGCAUCAUGUAGGGAGGGAGAGGUGAUGCCUGACCCCUAAGGAGGAAAGACAGAGGCUGGGGAGGGUAGUGGUGGUGGUGGUGGAAAGGGUGGGCAUUCUUGAAGAGACUCACUUCGAGGAAUGGAGGGAAGGUUGGGGUGGGGGUGGAAUGGGGGUCGUCUGAGAGGGAUUUUGUUAUCCCGAAAGAGGAAACCCCCCCCUUACUUUAUACCACUACCCCCAUCUCCACCUUUCCCCCACUCUGCUCAUACCAUUAACCAGGAAUCGCCCCUAGGGCACAGUCAACCCGUCUGUCUCACUGGUUUUGAUUUGGAGGUUUGCCUCUCCAUCAAAAAAUGUAUGCCACUGAAGGCCCGAAUAGAAAAGUUUGGGACACAAGAGUCAAGUUCUAAGAGAAGGUCAAAUAUUGAUGCAUCUCUGCUGUGAUGGGAAAAAGGAAAGAAUAUGGAGCCCUGAGAAU